AUGGCUCCGCCGUGCUCCGCGCUGCCCGCCUGCCUGCUGGGGCUGCUGCUGCCGCUGCUCGGCUGCCGCGGAGGUAAGAGCCGCGCCGGGCUCGGGGAGGGGGCGCGGGGACGGACCUGCCGCCACCCUCGCCCGUCGGUCGGUCGGUCCCGUCCGUCGCACCUCCCGCGCUUCGCGUCCCCUCAUCACCCCCGUCGUAUCCGUCGCCGUGUUGCCGCCGGUUCCCCGCGUCCCCUCCCCAGCCCCGCGGCGGAUCCAGGUCCCCUUUGCCGGUCUCGACCGCGCACGUCUCCGCGGUCACUCCCAGCGGCGUGCUCGGUUCCCGGGGUAUCGGGGAGGCUGAACGCGGCCGAACGGCUGCGGGGGCCGGAGGGACCCAGCGCGGCUGCGGCACCCGUGCGCCCGGCUGUGCCGUGUCCGCAGCCCUCUGCGGGAGCGGGGGGCUCUUCCCCCCGGGCAGACACGUUGUGGCCGCAGCUUUCGGAUGUACACUUCUCCAUCGGCCGGUCCGACACCUUAACCCGCGCAAAGUGCUUCCCUAGAGCUGUGCUUGCAGUUGGAAACCCCGCUUGCACAGGGGGCUCCGGGGAUGGGACCGUGGUGUUUGUGGGGCCGUGGUCCUCACGGCCAGCGUUGGGGACGGAUGGGGUGGCUGCCGUGGCGUGGCUGGGCAUCCGCGCACGGGGACCAGACCCAAAAUCAUUCCCGGCGAUGCGAGCGGGAGACAGCCCCCGAGCAAACGAGUCGUGUUUGUUAGACAAGGCGGUAGGUUCGGAAAAGAGGCGAUGGGCUGCACGUAGCAGCGAUGAGGAUUUCGGCCGUUCCUCCGAGUUGGCGUUCGUUGUGGAGCCCAGCGAUGACAUAGCUGUGCAGGAGCAGCCCUUGAUCCUGUACUGCCAGGUGGAGGGCAUCCAGCCCAUCACCAUCACGUGGCGGAAGAACGGCGCCAUGAUCGUGGACAGUGAGAACGCUUUCAUGUUGGCCAACGGGUCCCUCUACGUCUCCCGCUUCCAGAGGGUGCGGGGAGAUGGCUCCUCGGAUGAAGGCGAGUACGACUGCAUGGCACAAAACCACUAUGGGCUGGUGGUCAGCCGCAAGGCCAAGAUUCAGGCAGCCACCAUGUCUGACUUCCACAUCCACCCUCAGAACGCGGUGGUGGAGGAAGGUGGUGUAGCCCGAUUCCAGUGCCAGAUCCACGGCUUGCCCGAGCCCGUCAUCCUCUGGCAAAAGAACCGUGUGCCAGUCAACACAGACAACAAAAGGUACACGCUGCUUCCCAAGGGAGUGCUCCAGAUUACGGGGCUGAGGGCAGAAGACAGUGGGAUUUUUCACUGUGUAGCCACCAAUAUUGCUAAUGUGAAGUUCAGCCGGGAGGCCAGGCUCACCGUGUCAGGCUCCCACUCCAGUGCUUACCAGGACCCCAUGAUUCUCGUUGGCCCGGAGAACCUGACGCUGACGGUGCAUCAGACGGCCGUGCUGGAGUGCAUCGCCACGGGCAACCCCCGGCCCAUCGUCUCCUGGAGCCGCCUAGAUGGCCGCCCGAUCGGCGUGGAGGGGAUCCAGGUGCUGGGGACAGGGAAUCUCAUGAUCUCAGACCUCACAGUGCAGCACUCGGGCAUCUACGUGUGCGCUGCCAACAAACCCGGCACGCGGGUGCGCAGGACGGCGCAGGGCAGGCUCGUGGUACAAGCCCCUGCAGAGUUUGUGCAGCAUCCCCAGUCCAUUUCCAGGCCCGUGGGGACUACUGCCAUCUUCACAUGUGUGGCCCAAGGAGAACCCCCACCACAGAUCACUUGGCUGAGGAAUGGGCAGAUCCUGGAGACCAGUGACCACAUUAAGCUGAAGAAUAACAACAGCACUCUGUCCAUCUCUGGCAUCAACCAGGCGGAUGAAGCCAUCUACCAGUGCCUGGCAGAGAACAGCGCAGGCUCCACGCAGGCCAGUGCCCGCCUCACCGUGCUGUGGGCAGAGGGGCUGCCAGGCCCCCCCCAGGCCGUCAGGGCUCAGACCCUCUCAGCAACCAGCAUCCAGGUGUCGUGGGAGGAACCUCUGCAGAACACCAAGGAGAUCAUCGGCUACGUGCUGCACAUCCGCAAAGCUGCAGAUCCUGUAGAGAUGGAGUACCAGGAGGCUGUUAGCAAGAGCACCUUCCAGCAGCUAGUGACUGAUUUAGAGCCCUCAACCAGCUACAGCUUUUAUAUCAAGGCUUACACCUCGAGGGGUGCCAGCAAAGCCUCUGAAGUGACAGUGGUGAGCACGCUGGGGGAAGUCCCAGCCAUGCCAUCCCUCUUUAUUAAAGUCAUUAACAGCACUGCUGUCCAGGCUACGUGGGAGCCCUCCAUCAAGCUGGGCCAGCAUGAAGGCUUCAAGCUCUAUUACCGCAAGGUUCACCUCUCGCAGUACACGGGCCCAGUGCUGCUGCCCAGCAAUGCCACAGCCUACAACAUCACCCACCUGGAUGCAUCAGUGGUGUACGAAGUCAGGCUCCUGGCCUACAACCAGCAUGGCGAUGGCAACUCCACUGUGCGCUUCGUGUCCUUGAGGGAGACCGUGGAGAGGACAGUGCUGAAUCCUCCCUGUGACUGCAUGAAGGACGAGCAGAACAAAACCUCCACGACCGGCAUCAUCAUUGGGAUCCACAUCGGCGUCACCUGCAUCAUCUUCUGCGUCCUCUUCCUCAUGUUUGGGUACAGAGGAAGGCUGCUGAUGUGCAAAAAUGUGCAGGAGCAGCUGUCGACCCCCCAGACCGCCAGGAGCCAGCGGAGCAGCACGGGCCUGGUCCUGAACGGAGCCGCGCGCAGGGACAGGGACGAGCGGGACCUGAACGGAAAGCAGCUGGAUAUGAAUGAGCUGGAGAGGUUAUUCCCAGCAUCCCCUUCCCAGGAGCAGCAGGAUAAGGGAAUACAGUCAGCUCCCACCCCGCCGUGUCCCCACGAUGACACCCAGAUAUCCACACUCCCUCUGGAUGAGUACAGCAUCAUCGAGGAGCAGGCAGCCCCCCUCCCAAAAGGCCCCCAGGUUGGCAGCUCUGCUGCUCCAGCUCCCGACCACGGUCCCACCAAUGAAGGAUGA